CGCUGAAGGAAAAGACGUCGUUUGGGGUGGUGUUCCUCCCACCGGCUCUCGCGUGAACAGCAAGGGCCCUCAACGCAAACGACGGAAGUGUGGAUAAGAUGGCACACGUGGUAACUGCCACGUCAGCCUUGCAAUUAGUCGGCUUGUCCGCGCUUCCGGCGCGAAGGGUAAAGCUGACGUCAACAGGAAGGCAUGGCGUCGUGUGCUAUUGCGGAGACUCAUCAGCCAGCCUGAGGAGGGCUGGAGGAGGAGGAGCACGGGGAGGGAGGACGAGGACAGGGCAGCCGGAGCAGGCAGUGAGUAGCAGUAGCAGUAGUGUAUGCGAGGGAGGGGAGUUGUCGUGGAGACGGCAAGCGGGGAGGGGAACGAGAGGCAGGCGAGCGGUUGAGGCGAAAGCAAGUGUAAAUGAGGGUGGAGAAGAGGGGGGGGCAGUGGAUGUGUUGCUGCAGGAGUCGGGGGGUGAGGAGGUGGUUUUCUUCGAUGGCGGACCCCAUUACGGCGAUCUGGCCCUCAAUCUAGUCCUUGGUCUGACUCUAGUGUGGCUGCCGUUAACUGUCGCGGCUAUCGCGCGCAGGCUGGUUCUGAAAUACCGCCUGACAGAUCGGAGAGUGUCGGUCGUGUCAGGUCUCACAGGCGGAGAGCAGAGGGAUUUCAGCUAUGCAAGUGUAGUGGACGUGGUGUCCGUUCCCCGGUUUAUUGGCGAAUGGGGAGAUAUAGUGCUGACGCUAGACGACAAAACCAAGAUCGAAAUGAAGUCCGUUCCAAGAUUCCGAGAAGUGGCGAAUUACUGCAAGCAGAGGUCGGCAGAAGAGCGGGAAGCCAAAAAGGCGAAAGCGGAAAAGAAGUCGUCAAGCGCGGGAACGAUGGGCGGCCCCGCGCUUGGGGAAAAGCCGCGGGGCUUUUCGUCCUGAGGCUGCUAUGCUAUGUCCCGACUGUCUAUAGCCAAUCGGAGGAGACGAGGGAGAAGGGAGAUAUCGGGAUCUGUGGAAAAAAUUCUACCUCGGAAGUCAUCGAGCGCGGGAACGCUUCCGUUGUCCCGCGUCGGUAGGAAGAGAAGCCGGCGGGAGACUUCUCGUCCUUAGGAAGAAGCGCGCCGGAAGUUGAAAACGUGAGAAAGGGGACAUGAAGCCGUCAAGCGCGGAACAUAUGGCCGGUCGUGCGAGAGGAGAAAAGCCAAGUCCAAGGAGAGUGGAGGGGGUGUCGGGAUCUGUGGUAGAACUCUCAGAAAUAUGUGUGCCUGCUACGUGGAAGGAGUCGAGCGCGAGAAUGAUCGGUGGUCCCGCGUUUGGUGAAAGGCCGCGACUGAGGGCGUCGCUCCACUACUCCGGAAAUGUACAAAAGACAAAAAUCAUGGCGAUGUAUCUUUCCUUGUUCUAGCGGAAGAUUCACUCUAGUUUUGCACAUUUCGAGAGUGGUGGAGCGAGGCCCUGAGGAGCGGCUUUGCAUCCCGACGCUGCGAAGUCGCGACUAUCUGGCCAAUCACCAAUGAGCUUGAGGAAAGUGGAUGAGAUGUCGGGAUCUGGGGGGGGAUUGUUUUGGAAAUGUAAUUGCCACGUGGAUGUCGUCGGGCGCGGGAAGGAGAAAAGCCGCGAGGCUUUUUGUCCUUGAAAGUCCCGACGUCUAUCCAAUCUGACGAGACUGAAGGAGAUGUCGAGAUCUGUGGUAGAGCUUUUGGAUAUGCACGUUCCAUGUGGCAGCUGUCGAGCGCGGGAACGAUCGAUGGUCCCGCGUCAUGGGGGAAAAGCAAACGCAGAAAUUUCGUCCUCCUAAGUCCCGACUGUCUAAUCCAAUCAAACGAGACUGGAGAAGAUGUCGGGAUCUGUGUCAGAGCUCUUGGAUAUGUACAUGUCACGUGGCUGUCGGCGAGCGCAGGAACGAUCGGUUUUCCGGCUUCAGGAGAAAAGCCGCGAGGCGUUUUCUUCCUCCUAAAUCCCGACUGUCUAUAUCCAAUACACCGAGAGUGGAGGGGUUGUCGGGAUAUGUACCUGCCACGUGCAACCUCUGCGCUCGCAACGUGGCAACCUCUGAGCUCGCCACGUGGCAACCUCUGCGCUCUAUCCUUUCCCUCGCUACAUGAUUCGUAAGUCCAGUCUUUCAUCAGGCGGCAGUAGUCUCACAAGCUCGGCGCGCUUCGACAUUAUGCUGUUGACGACAAUGUCGGUGAUGACGAUGUUGGCGCGCUUUGAGUUUUGGCUAUGGCGGCGGUCCAUGUAUGGGGGAACUUCCGGCCCCUCCUCGCAUGGAGGAUCGCCUGCCCACCUUCGCCGCUGAUUUUAUUUUAUUUUUCUUUCAAUCCUGCUGGUGUUUUUUUUUCUUUUUCUUCUCAAUCCCCGUGAUAUCUUGAUGUGUUCUACCUGCCACGUGGCUGUAAGUAUCACAGACUUUUGGUGAUGGCUCUCCUCGCUGGCAUGGUCGCGACUAUAUCAAGUCCCGAGCUUCUUGAUGAGGGUUGGGGAUGGGGAGGUGGUCGCGACUUAGUAUGGAUCUGGAUCGGGAGGUGGAGAAGGGGAAGGGUUGGGAGGGCGGGGCGGGAAUAAGGAGGAGGGAGGGGUUUUGCUGCGAUUUUUUCCCACUGGGUAAUUUGCUCAAUUACCCCGAAAUUUAUACCUUGUUUGCUUCCAUGCCGUUGUCAGAAUGCACCCGGUUGUCCUUCGGGACACCCGUUAAAAUUGGAACGAUAUAGAGAAGGAAGAUUAGCAUGGCCCCUGCGCAAGGAUGACACGCUUUGAAGAAGGGAAAAAAAAAAAAAAAAGCACCCGGACGACCACAUUACCAGGUGAAGAUCAUGCACCGGGUUUCCUUUACGCCCAAAUUCGUUCUGGCAGAGGUAUUGGAGCAACUCAGGGAAAUAAGUGAAAAACGAUCGAGCAAACGUUCCCCUUUCU